AUGGUAAUAGAGAUGAACAGUUCUGGGAAAAAGAUUGCAUUGCCAUUGAAUCAAUGCGUUAAGGACAAGCUUUCGCUCCAAUCUAAUAAUGCCUUCAAAGCUCCAUCAUCCCCCAAGCAACCCUUUUUCAUUGGUGUUACUGGUGGAACUGCAUCUGGGAAAACAACUGUGUGCAACAUGAUAAACACCCAGCUUCAUGAUCGACGUGUAGUUCUCAUUAAUCAAGACUCCUUUUACCACUCUUUGAGUGACAAGUUGCAACAGAAAAUUAACGAGUACAACUUUGAUCAUCCUGAUGCAUUUGAUACUGAGCUUAUGCUUUCAAAUUUGGAGAAAUUAAAACGUGGAGAAGGUGUUACCAUUCCCAAUUAUGAUAUGAAGAGCCGUAAGAGAACUCAACCUGAACGUGAGGUUAAUCCUGCAGAUAUCAUAAUUUUAGAAGGGAUAUUAGUUCUUCACGAUCCUCGUGUCCGUGAUAUUUUGAACAUGAAGAUCUUUGUUGAUGGAGAUUCUGAUGUGCGCCUUACACGGAGGAUUCAACGUCUUGCUAUUGAACGUGGGAGGAACAUUCAGAAUGUUCUGGACCAAUAUUCCAGAUUUGUGAAGCCCAGUUUUGAAGAUUUUGUACUGCCAACAAAAAAAUAUGCCGAUAUUAUCAUCCCAGGAGGAGGAGAUAAUGAUGUUGCCAUUGACUUGAUAGUACAAAAUAUACGUACGAAGCUUGGCCAGCAUGAUAUGUGCAAAAUAUAUCCAAACAUUUUUCUUAUGUUUUCAACAUUUCAGAUAAAAGGAAUGCAUACUCUCAUCCGUGAUGUCAGAACAACAAAGCAUGACUUUGUCUUUUACUCAGACCGUCUAAUUAGGCUGGUUGUCGAGCAUGGACUGGGACACCUUCCUUUUACUGAAAAGCAGGUCAUUACACCAACAGGAUCGGUAUACUCAGGUGUUGUCUUCUGUAGCAGGCUGUGCGGAGUAUCAGUCAUUAGAAGUGGAGAAAGCAUGGAAAAUGCAUUAAGAGCAUGCUGCAAGGGAAUCAAAAUUGGUAAAAUCCUUAUUCAUGGACAUGGCACAAACGGCCGGCAGUUAGUCUAUGAGAAGCUACCAUCAGACAUUGCAAGCCGUCAUGUUUUGCUACUUGAUCCAGUUCUUGCCACAGGAAAUUCUGCAGUCAAAGCUAUCUCUCUGCUUCUCAAGAAGGGUGUACCAGAAUCCAACAUUAUCUUUCUAAAUUUAAUAGCAGCACCACAGGGAAUAAAUGCUGUUUGUGAGAGAUUUCCAAUGCUUAAACUUGUGACAUCAGAGAUUGAUUCAUCACUAAAUGAGGAUUCUCGUGUGGUCCCUGGCUUGGGGGAGUUUGGUGAUCGUUACUUUGCCACUGAUGAGAAUAGUGAAAAGAUUGAUAUAUCUAGCUCAUACUAG